AUGUCUACGUCGUUGAGCAACUCAGAUAGAGCAAACCGAAGAUGUAACCGAGCAUGCGCCAGGUGUCGUGACAUGAAAGUUCGAUGCUCUGGGACAGUUCCAUGUUCAAGGUGCCAAAAGAAAAAAGAAAAGUGCUAUUUCAGACCUGAAGAAAAUCGGAUUACCGUUUCAGAAAGUUAUCUCAGAGCCUUGGAAACUCGCAGUAGUCACCAUAGAGAAGAUCCUAGGCGCUCGUUACGACAGCCCCUGCCACGGCGCCGCGGAAGCUCCACACAUGAUUUGAUAAUCUCUCCCCCACAAUCGACUGAGCCAUCCGGUCAAUCGAGUGAACAUCUUUCAAGAGUGAACGAUGACAUUGAUGAACACUAUGGUAACCGUGAUAACACGGGAGUAGACUUUCUCGGCUCUUGUCAUCCGCAUGACGAAAAUGAAGAGCAAACGGGGACUUCUUACCAAGCUUCCCCGACUGAGUUCAAAACAAAUCCCUUGGUAAGCAAUGGAGAGAGCUAUGCGCUUGAUCCACAUGGCAAAUAUUGGUUUAUGGGCCCGACAUCGUCUUGGGCAUUCUGUAGACGCGUUCUUGCAAUAAUCGGCAGCCGGAUGCCAGACCCCAAAGCCCCCAUCAACCCCUGGGACCUCGAAACAUUAAACCUAACAUGGAGUCCAGUUGGGCUGUACGAACAACCUAAUGUCGAUAAUCUGCCCUCUUACGACUAUGCCGUCUUUCUUUUGGCCACGGUCAAGUAUAACUUGGGCUUGUUUUACCAAAUUAUCGACCACGACAAGUUCCAACAACGAAUGGAGAGGCUAUAUGAAAACCCCGCUGCUGAAGCGAAAAGAUCUCGUUAUUGGUUUAGCCAGUUCUUGUUUGUUCUAGCAUUCGGAGAAGCUUUCAAUCAAGCAGGACGAUCAAAGUCUGUUCCAGGCAUUAGUUACGCGUCUCGAGCCAUGGCUCUCUUACCAGCCAUUGUUCCAAUGGAGAGGAACCCACUAGCAGCUGCCGAAGCUCUAUGCCUAGGGGCGUUAUAUCUUCAGGCCUUGGACCUGAGAUUGAUGUCGUUUCAGCUUGUAGGCCAAGCAUUGCGGAUCUGCGUCCUUGAUGGACUUCACAGGCAUAUGCCUCCAGAGCAAGUGGAGCCGCGGUAUGCCCAGCGAUGCAACACCGUUUUUUGGUCUGCAUACAUCAUUGACCGAGAAUUUUCAACAUUGGUUGGAGCCCCUACUUCUAUACGAGACGAAGAUGUUACGACAAAGCUCCCUUCGGAACUAAGUGAUACCCCCGAAGCUGCAGCACUAGAGCUACAUAUCCGUCUUUCCCGUCUGAUGGCAACAAUUCUGAACGGUGUCUAUGGCGUUGAUCGAAAUUUCGACGGAAGUUUGCUAAUAGAAACUCAGUCUGUUCUACACAAGCUUGCCGCUGUGUCAAAGCACUUGAACAGUUACAUGGAGACAAGUCUCCAAGGAGCUGACAUACGGACUUCUAAAAUUGCAACUAGUCUGAUUCUCUCCUAUCACCAUUGUGUUGUUCUGACUACUCGACCGUUGGUCAUGUGUGCCUUGCAACAGCGACUUGCCUCGACCGACAAUGAUACAUCCAUACCCAGUGGACCUAUUAGCUGUCUCCUAAAAACAUGUGUGUCGUCUGCCCUGAACACCCUCAAGGCGCUGAAAGCGCUAGGCGACAACAAUCUGCUAGAUUGCUUUCUUCCAUUUCAAUUAGAAAGUGCCUGGUCGUCCUCUUUUCUGCUCAAGCUCAUUGAAGCACUAUCACCUGACUUCAUAAGCGACCGAUCUUGGCUGGCAGCAGCAUCUUGCAUAUUUGAUACCAUGAUAUCGAGAGGAAGCCCGGCAGCAAGACUGAGGAAGCGCGAGUUUGAACACUUGGGGGAGAUCUUGACAUCGUUCAUGAGCUACGGCCGCCAAGAAAAUAUGGGGUUGACUGAAGGCGGGAUUAGUAGUAAAGAUGCUGAGACGGCAAAUGAACACAAUCCAGAAAGCCAUGGCGAUACUAAUUCCGUUGACGAGAUGUUGCAAUGGGGCCUUUUGGACAAUCAAGGGGGUUUCGCGCUGUCACCGACGGAGCUAAUGGAUCUCGCGGAAGAAUUGCAAUUAGCAGACUUUAUCGUUCAGGACGAAUAG